AUGGAGGCUUAUGUGAUGAGUCCAUACGAUGAAAAGCUUUUUAUACCGCAUCAGAAGCUAAAAGAAAUUUGUAAUUACCAAGCAGUUGUGGAAACUUUAACUCUAGCAUUCCCAGAGAAAGAUGCCAAUUUUCACAAAGACCUCGCAUCGGCAAUAUGUCAGGGGCGAGAUUGUAUUCUCCCAGCUGACGUUUCCAAAGCCCCACCACAUACCGCCAUCGAUGCCCUCAACGAAUCUAGAAAGCCCACAAUACCGAAUGAAUCUACCCUAACUGGGCAGGCCGUCACCAAGAACGGCACUGUCGUCCCGUGUGAAAGUUCACCGUCAUACUACAGAAUCUUUGCCAUUCUUGUUCUUAUAGGUCAAGUUAGGCUUAUAGAAACAUUCCAGGAUCACUCACUCACCGAUGAAGAUCUCCCGUUGUCUAGUACGCCCCCCUUCGAUACUCUGUCGUCGCCUAUGAGGCGUGUGCAAAUACCUUGCGGGUCCGGGGACCGCCAUUGGAUCGAAACGUUCUUUUCGAAACAAUGGUCCGUCCUGGCACCGUAUUUCGAGCGUAAUACGACUGGGAAUCGACGGUGUAACGAGUAUGAAAUCCACCAGGAUAAGAUAUUACCCAUCGAAGAAGUCUCUGAGAAACACGAUGGUGGAUUUGGAGUUGUUAAAAAGAUUAAGAUACAUCGCGAGCAUCAUAACUUUAAUCAUGAAUACUUCGCUUUAAAAACCAUGAGCCAGGAAAAGCCCGAAUCAAAAGAUGAAGCCUUCCGGCUGGAGCUACAGGCCUUGCUGAAGAUUGAUCCCGAUCGUCACAUCAUAGAGAUCUGUGCCGCUUUCAAAAUGGGAGACAGUCGCUGCUUUCUUUUCCCCUGGGCAAAUGGGGGGAGCCUUGAUGAGUUAUGGAUAAAAAGCCCAUCCGAUAUUAUUGAAUCUGCAAAGAUACAAUGGUCUCAGUUUGUACGGUGGAUUUGCAUACAAUGUCACGGCAUCAUCAAGGGUCUUAUGACCAUCCAUGAGCUGCGUAGUGGCAACGAGAUGCUCUUCGGAAUUCACAACGACAUUAAGCCAGACAAUAUUUUAUACUUUUCUCAAGACGGCCCACCAUUAGGAACGCUUAAAAUAUCAGACUUAGGCCUCAUGAAGUUUCACAAACACGACUCUCGGACUAGGAAGUCUCCAUCUAUGGGUAUGGCUUACCAACCUUACAGAUCACCUGAGCACGACACAAGUGAGAUCAGAUCUAGGAAGAUUGAUAUAUGGGCAUUUGGUUGCCUCUUUGCCGAAUUUAUGACAUGGGUGAUUCGUGGUGGUAAUGGAGUCGAAGCAUUCAAAAGGCAGCGGAUUAAGGGAAGUGAUCCAGAGCUUUGGGAGGAUACCUUUUUUAUCUUGAAGUCAUCCCUUUUCGGAUCUAAAAAGCCAACACUAAAGAGAUCAGUUAAAGCGGUCCGGACAUGA